UGCGCUGGAGGUUGGGCCAGGGUCCGAGGAGCGAGGUGCUUGCAGCUCCUUCAGCGGAGGAGCCGGAGGGCGCUGAGCAUAUGAGGAUGAUAAUAAAAGUAAAACAUAGCAGGUCCUACAGUCCGCACCCUGCUCUAAGAGUGCUCCCAGUUUAACUUCUUUAAUCCUCACAGGUCCGAGAUUACUUCACUCGUAACCUCGGGGAAACGGGAGUUAAAAUCCUGCUGGAAUAUGACCAGUAAUCGGCAGAGAUUUCAGUUUUUCUGACUGUUCUGUGAAAGAAUGAUUUCUCACAAAAAGAAAAAGAAAAAACGUUUUUUAUCAUCAGGCCAGCCUCUUACCGAUGAUUCGUCUGAAAUGGGGCUCAAGUCUAUAAGUUCCAAUUCCGUUUUUGAUCCGGAUUACAUCAAGGAAUUGGUGAACGAUAUCAGAAAGUUCUCCCAUAUGCUAUUAUAUUUGAAAGAAGCUAUUCUUUCAGACUGUUUUCAAGAAGUCGUUUAUAUACGCCUGGAUGAACUUCUUCGUGUUUUAAAGUCUGUUGUGAAUAAACAUCAGAACCUCAAUUCUGUUGAUCUUCAAAAUGCUGCAGAAAGUCUUACUGCAAAAGUGAAAGCUGUGAACUUCACAGUCGUUAAUGAAGAAAACAAAAACGACCUCUUCCGAGAAGUAUUUUCUUCAAUGGAAACCUUGGCUUUUACUUUUGGACAUUUCCUGACAAACUUCCUUAUGGGAGAUGUAGGCAAUGAUUCGGUAUUUCGACUGUCUAUCUCUCAGGAAAGUAAGUCUUUUGAAAAUGUUUCAAUGGAACCAGUGGACUCAUCCAAUGAAAAAGGAAAUUUUUCUCCUAUAGAACUAGGCAGCUUGCUGUUAAAGAACACUGACUCUGUAGAAUUGGCUUUGUCAUAUGUUAAAACAUGGUCAAAAUAUACCAAGAAUGUUGUGUCGUGGGUUGAAAAGAAGCUUAAUUUGGAAUUGGAGUCCAGUAGAAAUAUUGUCAAGUUGGCAGAGGCAACUAGAACUAACUUUGGACUACAGGAGUUUAUGCCACUGCAGUCUGUAUUUACCAGUGCUCUUACUAAUGAUAUAGAGAGCAGUCACCUUCUGCAACAAACAAUUGCAGCUCUCCAAGCCAACAAAUUUGUACAGCCUCUACUUGGGAGGAAAAAUGAAAUGGAGAAACAAAGGAAGGAAAUAAAAGAACUUUGGAAACAGGAACGAAACAAAGUGCUUGAAACAGAGACUGCUCUUAAAAAGGCAAAAUUGUUGUGUACACAACGUCAAGAUGAAUAUGAAAAAGCAAAAUCUUCCAUGUUUCGUGCGGAAGAGGAGCAUCAGUCUUUGAGUGGCGGAUUAGUAAAAAAUGGCAACAAGCAGCUGGAAAAAAAGCGAAGGCUAGAAGAGGAGGCUCUUCAGAAAGUAGAGGAAGCAAAUGAAUUCUACAAAGUUUGUGUGAUAAAUGUUGAAGAAAGACGAAAUGAGCUAGAAAUUAUUAAAAGAGCAAUUUUAACACAACUCCAGAAACUUGUUUUCCAGUGUGAUCUUACCCUUAAAGCUGUAACAGUUAACCUCUUCCAAAUGCAACAAGUACAGGCUGCUUCCCUUGCAAACAGUUUGCAAUCUUUCUGUGAUAGAGCCAAACUCUAUGAUCCAGGCCAAGAGUAUAGUAAGUUUGUCAAGGCCACAAAUUCAACCGAAGAAGAAAAAGUUGAUGGGAGUGUAACUAAACCAUCAACAAGUAGCUCCCACCCUUCUGGAUACGGACCUGCUGACUCCUUAGAGGAUGCCGUGUGCCUUCCACACAGCUCCAAUAAGAUAGAAGAGGACAGAUGCUCUACCAGUGCAGAUGUAACAGGUUCUUCUUCUGUACGGUCAUGGACGUUUGGGAUGGUCAGCGAUUCCGAGAGCACUGGCGGAAGCAGCGAGUCCAGAUCUCUGGACUCAGAAUCUAUCAGCCCAGGAGACUUUCAUCGAAAACUUCCGCGAACUCCAUCCAGCGGAACAAUGUCUUCUGCGGACGAUCUGGACGAGAGAGAGCCACCUUCCCCUUCAGAAGGACCCAAUUCAGGUGGAACAUACAAGAAAACAUUGAUGUCAAAGGCAGCUCUCACUCACAAGUUUCGCAAAUGGAGAUCCCCCACAAAAUGUAGGGACUGUGAAAGCAUCGUAGUAUUCCAGGGUGUUGAAUGUGAAGAGUGUCUGCUUGUUUGUCACCGGAAGUGUUUAGAAAAUUUAGUCAUUAUUUGUGGCCAUCAAAAACUUCCGGGUAAAACACACUUAUUUGGAGCAGAAUUCACGCAAGUUGCAAGAAGGGAACUAGAUGGCAUCCCUUGUAUACUCAAAAUAUGUGUCUCAGAGAUUGAAAAUAGAGCUUUGUGUCUACAGGGAAUUUACCGUGUCUCUGGAAAUAAAAUAAAAUCCGAAAAACUGUGUCAAGCUUUGGAAAAUGGAAUGCACUUGGUAGACAUUUCAGAAUUUAGUUCACAUGACAUCUGUGACGUCUUGAAAUUUUAUCUUCGACAGCUCCCAGAGCCCUUUAUCUUAUUCCGAUUGUACAAGGAAUUCAUAGACCUUGCCAAAGAGAUACAACAUGCAAAUGAAGAACAAGAGACAAAAAAGGAUGGUCUUGAAGACAAAAAAUGGCCAAGUACAAGUAUAGAAAUAAAUCGAAUUCUCCUAAAGAGCAAGGACCUUCUGAGACAAUUGCCAGAAUCCAAUUUUAACAGUCUUCAUUACCUCAUCAUGCAUCUUAAGCGAGUCGUUGAUCAUUCGGAUGAAAACAAGAUGAACUCCAAAAACUUGGGGGUGAUUUUUGGACCAAGCCUCAUUAGACCAAGGCCCACAACUGCUCCUGUGACCAUCUCCUCUCUCACUGAAUACUCAAACCAAGCCCGGCUGGUAGAGUUCCUCAUUACCUACUCCCAGAAGAUCUUUGAUGGCUCUCUGCAGCCACAAGACGUAGCUAUGUGUAGUACAGGCGACGUUUCACCCCAGGAUAUGCACAGUGCAGAUGGUGAGAACAAAACUCUUGAACCAGUUGCCUCGUUUGAGGAAUCGGAAGGAAAGCAGGAUGCAUCAGAAGAGUGGGAUGCGUGUCUCAUUGACAACAAAGUGCGUUUGCUUGCAGACCAAGGACUUGAGUGUGCACCAGAAAAGACGGAAGAUGUUUGUAAAAUCUCCGGGCCAUUUACUCUGAAACCUGAUAAGGAAACAAACAGUGCUGUUGAGAGGGGUACUCGAAGGGCCAAGAGUAGACCUGUAAGUUUGCCUGUGGAUAGACUGCUGCUUCUUGCAAACCCUCCUCAUGAGAGAAAUGGCAGAAAUAUGGGAAAUGUAAACUCAGACAAAUUGUGCAAGAAUCCUACCUUUGAAGGAGUUAAUACCCCUACUCUUUGUUGCAAAUUUGAUGGCUUUGACCAGCAAACUCUUCAAAACCCUGGGGAGAAACAGGAUGAACCUAAUGGCCUAAAUGCAAAGAUGGCACUGAUUGUGCCCAGUGCCCUCCGGGAAGGAGGAGUGACGACGAGCAUCAGGAUCAGUGGGGACCAUGUGGUCAGUGCCACCCAGCCCAGUAAGCCGUGCCCAGAACCAGUCAGGUCAGCAAGACAGGUGUCGGAGGGACGGUCCUCUGACUCCUGCCCUGCUGCCCCUGUCAGAGCGCCCAGAACACUGCAGCCCCAGCACUGGACAACGUUUUACAAACCACGUGCUCCCGCUGGUAGUGUGAGAGGGGCUGAGGAGAAACCUGUGGCAUCCUCCCCCAAAGUGCCUCCUGGCUCAGCUCACACUUGUCGGGAGCAUGUGCUGAAAUCAAUGUCAGACUCAGAAAACGCACCAGCUCCUUGUCCCUUGCAGCCCAGAAGUAAACCUAAGGAGAACUGCGAGGAGCGUGACUUGCCCAAUGUGCACCCGACAUGUCAGAGACCAAGGCUUAAGCGAAUGCAACAGUUUGAGGACCUGGAAGAUGAAGCCCCACAGUUUGUGUAGGGGUGUCAGAAUUCAGCUUCUCCUCUAUGGUUGUUUUGUUUUGUGGUAUUGUGUUUGUUUUGUGAGAGAAUUUUGACAGGGUCCCUUUUGUAUAAAAUCGCCAAAGUGUGGAUUUUGCUCUUUGUUAUUAUAUUGUGUUACCCUGUGUUGGGCGUACUGAACUCUAGAAUGUUGUGAUAGGGCCACAUGUGUGUCUCGCUGGAAUUAUCUGUAUUUUUGAAGUUGUGCAUAAGUAGGCAAACUCGUAUUUGUUAAAGUUUAUUAGAUUUUCUCCAUAAAGUGGUCCAUUCAAAUGCAUCCCUAAUAUAUGACGUAGUUCUCAACUAAUAGCUGCCAUUGGGGAAAAUCGUCUGUAUUUUUUUUUAAAUAAAACUGUGCUUAUUUAUAAAAGGCAUGUUUCUGAAUGCAAGUGCCUGAAAGGUCUUUGUUUGGUAUGAUAUUUCAAAAGACAAUUUUAUAGUGUGUCUUUGACCAUUGUGCUUUUUAUGGUAUGUAUGCAACCUUUUAUUUUUCAGUUGGCAAGUUUUUUUCUUUUUAUUUACAUAAUGGUGAAAAAGCUUUCAAAUCUGUACUUAAUUGCACUUCACUUAAUUGCCAGAUUUACAAGUGGUAGUGAGUUAAAUUUUACAAAGAAAAUGCACUUAAACCUGUUUCCAAAUUACAUAGUACAGUUAUGUCUUAUUUGGCUUUAAAUGGUUUUAAUACAUUUAAUGUUUUUUUUUAUGUUUUGGUUUUUUUCUACAUAAACUUUUGUUGUUCAACAGUUCUGAAUGUUUUGGUAUUUUAUAUAAUGGCCCAAAAAUGUUUUAAAAUUUAACGCAUUUCUUCUUCAUAUUGUUGAGGUUUAAAAAAUAUUUCUUUUGUAUGAAACGUUUUUACUCAUGAAUAAUUUUGUGUACUUUUUCUACCUGGACUUUAACCAUUGACAGUGUGUGUUUCAUAUGAAUUGUGCAAAGAUUUAUUUAAGUCGACUGUGAGUGUAGUUCAGUAAGCCUUGUUGUUUGGAAUUUGAGAGCAAGUAUAGAUGGUUGGAUAUAUUUCAUGUAUAAAUUUCCCAGUUUUUAGAACUAAAAACUGUUUUCUGUAUUUUGUCAUUUUGCCUAAAAAUGGAUAUAAAGGGAGAAAAAGUAGCCUUUUUGUAUGUAUGAAUUCUAUUUGUAAUACAUGCUUUUGUAUGAGAAUAUUAUACUUGAUAAAAUAUAUGUUAAUCUGUUAAAUUA